AUGCAACCCAUCUCAUGCAUGGACCCCGUUACUAAGAGGAAAAACGCCUCUAGUUCGGUGGGGCAUCGUUCGAAGAGGGCAAAGAUUGUCCAUGAAGUUUCGAGCGACGAGAACCAGUCUUCGAACGCACAGGCCCCCUACCAGGCUUUGACUUCGGACUCGCUGACCGCUCACGAUCGCGAACGGUCUUUGACAGCUUGGAACUAUAUACCUGCUAUACCUAUACCUUUCCUCUGCAUCGUUGUACUCAGAGAUCCCAACACCGGUACAUCCACGUUUCCCUCCGUAGAUGAAACCUCCUUCGGCAACUAUGUGUUUCCUGCUCACUGUACAAUCCCCAGUCCGAAAGGUGGCGACUUUCUCUCAGUUGCUCAAGAAAUUUUUCAUCAAUUGCCAAUGUUCCCGCAACGUCCGCCUGUCGCCAAGAUGUCAAUUCUCAAGGCAAGUAGUUCCUUACAUUUAAACCGAACCAACCUCAUUUCUCGGUAUCACAGCUCCAUGAGCCGUUACUAUCUGAUGAUGAUCAAAAGCUUUGCUCCUAGCUUUUGCCGCUCCCUAUACGUUCUGCCGCCACCAACUUCCGACACGAUCAAUAUCAUUGUUGCAUAUCAUCCGGGCAUGGACUUGGAAUUAUUUGAGCCACCACCACUCGAAAAGCCUACGUCUAAAUCUGACAAACAAGAUGACGGAGAAGAUAGCGAUGCGGCACGAGUGGAAGAGCUUUAUCACAGUCUACGUGCUGCUUUGGGAAUCAAACUCCUCAACUCAUCACAAGGCGUUGUGGCCACCAGAAAGCUUACUACGCAUGGCUCUUCAGAAGAUAACCAGAACGACGGCUCCGAAUAUGGGACGCACGACCCGGAAGCUUCCAGUUGA